AUGCUCGAGGACACGGUUGGCAACGCUAAGUUGAUUUCUGGUGUCAGGAAGUAUCUGAGAAGGUACCAGUUUCGUAACGCGGAAUCUCGCGAGCUGUUCGAUAUCCUGGGGAACACUACGCAAGCCGCCAUUGACAUCGUCGAUUUCGUCCGCCGAUGGAUGAGAUUCCCUGGAUUUCCGGUGAUCAAUGUCCGCCGAGACAAUAAAGGCUUUCAACUAUCCCAGCGGCGCUUCGCCACGAGUAGACGAUUUAGUGAAACGAUCCAUGGAAUUGUCAUUGGAGAAGUCAGUGAAUUGGAUCAAACUGAAUCAUGAUUCGAUCGGCUAUUACAUCGUGAACUACACGGAGGAUGCCUGGAACGUUUUCGGCAAUUUAUUAUUCUAUAAUCCUUCGGCGUUAAGUGCUAUGAACAGAGCGGACUUGUUGCACGAUGCUUUUCUUCUAGCAGAAACUGACUUGAACUAUUCUACAGCUAUGAACUUAACGUUUUAUCUGAUGAACGAAGACACUUAUCAAUCAUGGGUCGUGGCUAUGGAAUGGUUCGGACAAAUGAACAGACUGCUCCAUAAAACCCACGUACUGCGACGUUUUCGAAGAACUUCGUGUCUUGAUAUUGAACGCAGCUUGCAGCGUAGGCCACGAACACUGCCUCAAGACAACCGGAAGGAGGCUGCGAAGGUUCCUGUUGGAAAACACUGAUGAUAGCCAGCAAAUGUUGCCAGAUAUUCGGUCUAUCGUCUACUCGUACGGUCUCGUUAAGAUGUUGGACGACGUCGGAUCGAUGUUCGAGAAAAUGUCGCGACUGCUCGAGACGGUGAACGACGCUCAGGAAAAGGAACGUCUGAUGAUCGGGAUGACCGGAGUACCGGACAAAGAUAUUCUUAAUCGAUAUCUAGAACGAGCAACAAACGAGACGUUCAUUCGUAAACAAGACUUUGCAACGCUGUUGAUCAAGAUCGCCACGAAUCCCGUGGGAUUGGACGUCGCCUGGAAUUUCGUGCGAUCUCGAUGGGAAACUCUACUUGUAAAAUACGAAAGGAACGAGUACACUUUAGGAAAUACCGUCUGCAAAAUUGUAUCCUUGUUUAAAGAUCGUGCGAAGCUACGAGAGGCGACGCAAUUCUUUCUACAAAAGGCCGAUUUGAAAGUAACUGAAAACGCAAAGAGGAACGCAAUCGAGGAGAUCGAGAACAACAUCGAUUGGCUGGAUGCAAACUCUCGAAGCAUCGAGCAAUGGCUAUCGUCUAAUGGCUUCGAUUAA